AAAAUCGUCGCCGCUCAAAACUUUAUCCCGUUGCGAAAUUUCAAAACUCUUUUCUGCAGGUGAAUGCGUAGCCAUGGCCAGCUACGAAAACCCUGACGAUUGGGAACUAAUAACCGACGAUGGGUACGUCUACAAGCGCAGGAAGCGCCUGCGCCUCGAUCCCGGCGGCACCGCCACUACCUUCUCCGUGCCACCCCUGCCGGAUCCAGCGGCGGAGAGGAAGCACCGCCGCGAACGGAAGAAGAAGGCUCUUUCAAAGCUGAGGGAUAAGUAUUUGAUGGAAAUCACUCGGUGGGAACUUUUAUCGAACACGUUGAAAGAAAUGGAGCAAAAUGCCCAAACGCAGUCGCUGAAGCAGAAUCAAGAGUUGGAUCACACGACGACGUCGUUUGGUGCGGCCUCGAGCUCGGAAGAUGCUAGUUCGGGUUCGGAUUCCACUCGCCGGAGAUUAGUUGAUGAUCUUCUCGCUCAGGUUGAAGCACAGGAAGCCAUAAUUGGGGAUGUUUCGAGUUUAUGUGAUAUAGCAGAGGCAUUAUGCAGUGCAGAGGAGGAAAGAUUGAAGCAGAAGCUUACCGAUUUACCGAUUUGGGAUCCGACUCCUCAGGAGCUAAUGGCUGCAUUAGGUAACAAUUCUAGUCCUUAAGGAACAUCUAUCUGACAAAAACAAACAAGGGUAAAUGAAAGUAGCAGGUAGGAGAAGCUGUACAAUGGCCUCAGUUGUUCAAAUUUGUAUCUUAUGUGUAUUCAACUAUAGUGGAUGAAUUUAGUUUUGUGAUUCAACCUAUUGCAUUGUAGAGUUAUCUUCUUUUUUCAAAAUAUCGAAAUUGGGGUUGAAAUUAGCAGGCUAGUUGAUGACUUACCCAUGUGUUAGAAAGGGUAACUAAUAUUUAGAUGGGUGAUUCUUUUCUUUGUGCUUUGUGGCCUUUAGGGUUUCUGAUAUAUGAGAUGGAAUGGAAGAUGAGGAUUUCUUGUGAAGUUAUUGUAAUUCGAAAGCAAGUUUU